AUGUCUUCCGCCGGCAAGCCUUUUGUUGUCCCUCUGCCCACCUCCACUGGCCUUUCGGAGCCUGCUGGUCAACUCAUCAAGGGCGCUGCUGAGGCUGAUGGUAGCCUCCGUGAUGCCGCCCUUCUUCUUGGCAUCAAGCUCGACCUCGAGGCUGAGGUUCACUUGACCGCCCGUGUCAAGGGUGAUGUCGUUGUCGGUCUCUACUAG